AGGCAGGAAGUUUAAAAAGAAAAAUCUAUGUGUGGAGCUGCGAGUGUGUAUUAUCCGAAUCAGUUUCGAUUUGCUGUACGAAAUUUUUGUGCAUGUCGCCUGUUUGUGAGCUAGAAGCAAGCCAUGUUAUAUGUAUAUAGACUUUUGUUUUGUUUAUGUCUUUUGGGAACGGUGUGUGGAAAUGAACCGUUUACAGAGAAAUACAAAACAACAGAAGAGGAGCUUGGGAGAGAACUAACAGUUUCCACUAACGGUCGGCUACGGAAAAUACUAGACUUAGAUGACAAGAGUAUCGUAGCAAAAACAUUAUGCAGAGAUGAUUUGAUAAAAGUAUCUGUUGUCGCUGGGACUUCGGGAAGUCAAUGGAGGAUUGGGGACGUUAUUGUGGGGAGCGCGUCCCUAGGAUGUUAUCUCACUUUUACGAAGGCGGGGGACGGAGUCCUGGUCAAAAUUACAUACAUUGAGGAAAAAAGAGAAGGGCUCCUGUAUAUGACAGUAGAAAGUGCCAGCCCAUUGGAUAUACUGGAAGAGGCGGACAUAUCGGUUCAUGUGAGACACCGAUCAAAAAGAAGCAAUACGAAUUUUCUCUCAAACAUCUUGGACAGCAUCAAUUGGGGAGAAAGAACAAAUACAACUGUUGAAUUAAACCAAGAAAGAAAACCUUUCUCUCUGCUGAAAAUGUCUGGUAACCCGGAAUCGGAAGUCACGGUAUUUAAUUCAGCAAUCCAGGGUCAAAGUUCAACAGGGACGGAAUUCAAUUUUACGUGUUCUUCCUGUUUUGGAACAAUUGAUUUGUCAUACCAUUUAGAAAUGAGAAUAAGAAGAGACCAAACCACCAACAAACCAGUUAUAAACUCCUACCUUUCCCAGAUAGAAGGAACGGCUUUAAAUAACUAUCAAUUUACAAUUGAAUCUCGGAGAGAACUAACUCUCCAAUUAGAAAGGAAAAUCAUGGAGACAGCUCCAUCUUUUCUUCAACCAAUUCAACUAGAAACAUUCAAAAGAUUUCCCACAAUACACCUGGCGAUCAGCGUCCAAUCAAUGACUACUUUGUCUGCGGAUGUGAUAACUAUGACUUCAAAUGAGAUAAAGGUCGACGAUUCCUUCCAGACCUCGGGAAAAUUUGUUGUAUCCAAUCAGCACAGUCAACACAAUGGUCCACCAACAAAUCAUCUGUCCACAUAUGAUUGGCAGUUUCAACACAGUCCACGUGAUGGAGUGCUAUCCAACGAUUCAUUUUCUAUUCGUAUCAAUAUUUCUCACGAGAUUUCCAUAAAACCGUAUAUUGAAUGGAGAGAGCGAGAUAUUCGUUUAGAUUUUGGAUCACCCUUUACCGUAAGAUUAAAUCAGGAGUUGGAUGUGACGUCAUCAGUUUCUGACGUAUCUCUGUGUACAGAUAUGACAACUCAGACUACAAGUGCGUUCUCCACAGGAAAGAAUUCUUUGGUCGUAGAUGCAUUUGGGAUUCCUAUAUGGGGAGAUAUUUCAACUUUAUCCAAAGCUCAAGUGACAAAUUCCUCUUUAAUCCAGCAACAUUUAUUCAACAAAUGUCGUGCGAAUUGCUUUGGAACUCAACAAAUAUCUUCGACAACAAUAAGCGUCUGUGGUUCAACGGAUGACGUAGUUCUUCGAAAUUCGUCAUCAUUUUCUUCGUUACGAAAAUUAUUUGGGGAUUCUAUUUUAUUCCUGUCGGAGGAAUCUAGUGAAUCAUCGUGGUGUGGAUAUCCAGGAAAUCCUUGCGCCGACUGUGCGGACUAUUUUCAAGAUGAUAACGUCUGCUCCGAUAGAUACGUCACUCCAACUCUUGCAGAAGUUCUUACAAAACUAUCAAAAUUAGUUGCCGCUGAAUGGUCAAACAGAAAACUUUUGAUUCUGGAAGCGUGGGACGAGCCUACAUCAGCACACCCGGAUGGUAGCCAUGGUAAUCAGUCCUUGUUUUACACCGGGAGAGCGGCUAGAGUUGCCCUUAGCAAAACCCUUACCAGCAAAGAACCGGAAACCAACGAAGAUAUAUUCCGAAGGUUUCGAGAAUUACUCCAGUGUUCCGAUGUAGAUUUCUUUGACAUAUUCACCCAAAAUUCUGUCGUAGACCUGUGCGUUUCUGAUGAAUCGGCGUCUUUAUUUACAAACCAGGACAAAAAGAGAAAGAGAAGAGCAGUGAAGUCAAACAACAUUGCUCAAGUCAACACUUGGAGAGAGGACAAGGACAAAUAUGAUGACCGUUUAUUUAGUCUAGUUAGUGCAAAAACACUUGGCUCUACUUCGAAGGAUUACUUUGGAAGUGGGAAAUAUUACCCACAGGGUAAAACAGCAGAUGAUGUGUGUGGACACGCUGAUGAAACAUACAGCAUAGAAAACCUAGAACAGAUGCAGAGAUUAGUUCAAUAUCCGCUACAAAACGUUGAGUUUGAACCAGAGGGACCAAAAACGUCAUCUUGUGGAGCCUCAACCCGGGGAUGCAAUCAGUGCCAGGAUUAUACGGAUGUAGAUAAUCCCUGGGAUUGGUGCCUGACUCGGACCAUGAAUACUAGAGCCGUAACAAGGUUACGGAGACUAGUGAAAUUGGUAGAAGACAAUACCCCAAGGUCCUCAUCUGGAAUGACGGACGAAGAACUCGGUGUUUGUCGAUCUGGAGUGGUACUGUUUCAGACUCUUGACGAGUGUAAAAAAGAAAUGCCAAGCUCAACUACCGACAAAGAAACAAAAUGUUACAACUGCAUAAAAGAGACCCGUUGCUGCUACCUCAAUGACAAAAUAGGUUGCAUGAAAAACGAUUGCUCUGGAGACCAAAGCGCCAGUGUCUGGACACCAAUUACAUGUAAAGAACAAAAUCCAUUCGCUCCUGGUGUAACUAUCCCUUCCACUCCAGCUUGUAACCAAGGGGACGAUUCGAAAAUGAUUCUUUAUGGAAAUAUAUGUUCAGGCGAUCCCUGUCAAUUCUUCAGUGGAAAAGAAUAUCAUUUACUUCUCAAAGUGAUAAUGAUAUUCGAAGUGUGUUCUGGGAAAUGGGAUCAGGCUACGAUGGAUUCAGACAUUAAGAACUUGAAUGUCAGGGAGGGGAAUCUCAUGACGUUCUUGUCUUCGUGUAUGGGGAGUGACAAUACUAUUCUCAAAAUCCACAACCCGAUUCCUAAUGAUCCAACUAUCGGUAUCGGUUACAGCCUUCGUGAAGCAAUAGAUUCAACAGAAAAGAAAGAUUUUCUAUUGGACACAAUACCAAGCCUUGAUUAUAACAAAAUAAUGACUGGAGAACAAAGUUUAACAAAAGAGCAAGCACUUUUCCUAUACGAUAGAACAAUGAGAAGACACAUUAUAAGAAGCAUCAACAGUAUCGUUCCUUUUAAAAUAUUCAUACAUUUGGACACGGCCACGAAAAUUGCGAUCAUCAAUGCAAGAUACAGAGGGGAAAUUGCUGGAAGUCUUAAAAAGAAAUUUAACAAUGCCGUCACCAACGGUCAGUGGGCACAAGCGGCAGCCGCUUAUCUCACCCAUCCAGAAUACACGAAGAAAUACAAAUGCACUACAACCGGAAAAGGAAGUAUAUGCACUAGAAUGAAGUGGAAUGCUGAGCAGUUCCAGAAACAAGUUUGGAAACCAGUGAAGGUAUCCAAGUCUGAUCAACCUCGAGGUAAAAGAUCAACUGGGACGACACUGUCAACUGUCGGGAGAUCCUUGAAAAUAUCUGCCAACACAGGUGUGUCAUUGAGCAACAGUAAACUGGCGAAUCUCGCCAUUCUUGCAGGAUUUGAUCACGUGACAAAAGAAUCCGAUCACAUCAUAGCCAGCGUCCGACCAGCUACGGGUGUUAACACCGUUAUAGUGAAUUAUCCAAACUUGAACAUGCACGAAACAGAACCGCCAGCUAAGGACACAAUAGAAUACGAAAUACCAGCCGAGGCAGAUUAUAGUUUAAUGUAUCCCCUUCUUCUAGACGGGUUCAAUGAUUCAAUAAAACUCUCAGAUUGUUAUAGAAUUGCCGAUUUAAAAAUACAGAAAUAUAGAUAUUUUAGAUUUGAUUUAAAACUGUUAGAAUGCUUGGAAGAAGCCAGUAGUCAUUAUGAAGGAUGUAUAAAAGUUAUACCUGGAUCCGGAUAUCGUGUAAGAUCCGAUAACAAUAGAAAUAUUGAAUUAAGACAUUCAGAAGAAAGAUGGCGGUUCUCCGUAGGUCAAGCAGUCGAAGUUGGACAAGGGUUGUCACCGAAAGAGCUAUCGAAUCUUGGUUUAACAAUUAUCAGAUCAUGUGUCAGAAAUCUCACUCCUAAGAGGUUAAUACUAGGUAUCGGGGCUCACUCAGAUCGGUUGUAUGUGGAUGUAAGGGAGACAACUCCAACAGAGGAAUUUAUUAAAGUAUGGGACGCGGGAAAUCCAGAACUAUACAAAGAGCUUAAAGAAAUAGAAACAGGAUUCAAUAAAGGUGGAGCUUUCAUUGAUCCAACGAAUAGAACUAGAGCAUGCGAAACACCACCUUUAGGAUCCAAAGCAUAUUACAUAAAAUAUUCCAACGAAGGAUCUUGUAAUUCGGAUUCUGGGGUUUCUCCUGUUUGUAUGUCAACUUCCUCUGACCGUCAGAAGGCAGCCUCUGAUCUUUUUAAACGAUUGACUGAAGUAACAGGAAACGGUCCGCUAGAUAGGGCGACACUUAGAGACAAAGUCAACAAAUGUCUGGUGUCACUCUGUGGGGGCUGCAUUGGAAAAGGAAAAAUAUGGAAGGAAAAGACUAUUGCAUGUUUUGACCUUAUGACCUAUUUCUUGGACGGAUCCUCAACUCCAUUCCCAGACCUUAGAAACACCGGAGCUUUUUACAAUACAGAAAACACAAAGUCAGAGGUUCACUCCUUAGCAUGUCAUAAUGGAAGUGCAUGCAUUGAGAAUGUCCAGCUUCAUUCUUUCCUCCAGGAAACAUUGACGACUAAGUACAAACCAAAAUCUUCAGAGACGAACGAGGAAUUGUUGUACGAUCCUGCAGACAACCCGUGUCCUUUACUUGAUAUUUUAGAACAGGAAAUGGCAAUGAGAGUAUCCGGAAAUGUGUCCGUUUAUAUCGAAAGCAAUGGAGAUGUUUCAAAACUAAAUCAUAUAUUUAAGAUACUUAUGGUAUAUAACACAAAGGUCUCAAACGUCCAUUUCCAUCUGACAAAAUCAGUGAGGGAAAAUCAGGCUAUGGCAGCUGUUCAACGAAAAAUUGAGCGAUGGGCGUUUUCCAUGUGUCCAGAUAGAACACGUGUUGUAGUUACGCCGUACACUGUCCAGAAAAUAGACCAUCAGAGACACAAACGAAGUAUUGAUAGAAGCAAAGACAGGAAUGUAGUGAAACAACUGAGAAAUAACUGGGAGUUGGAGUGGUUAGCAAAAACGUGACAGGCGUUUUGAAAAUUUUGAUUUAAAUAAUUUCCUUUUUAUUAAUCUUUCGUAGUUCUUUAUUCAAGCUAAGAACAUUUAACUGUUGAAAUUUAGCAUCUGAACUUUUUAAAGUUAGCACGUGGACUUUCAUUAUAUUUAUAUUUGUUGAUUUGUUAUAUACAAUACAAAGUCGUUUAUUUUUUUUUAUUGUAAAAUGCAAAGUUUGAUUACAUCUACAGCCGGAUGAAAAAUAAUAUAACGUAAAUUGAAGGUUAAUCUGCAAACUAGUUUUAUGAAAAAGUACAAUUAAUUCAAGAUGAAUGGCAUAAGAAAAACUUAUUAAUAUAUUAAUGAAAUUAUUAUUUUUUUUUACCAUGAA